AUGGGGCUAGAGAGAUGAUUUUUGUCAACGAACGCUAAAGAUAUAGGAACUUUAUAUUUAAUUUUUGCUUUAUUUUCUGGAUUAUUAGGUACAGCUUUCUCUGUAUUAAUAAGAUUAGAAUUAAGUGGACCAGGAGUUCAAUAUAUUGCAGAUAACCAAUUAUAUAAUAGUAUAAUAACAGCACAUGCUAUACUGAUGAUUUUCUUUAUGGUUAUGCCAGCAUUAAUUGGAGGUUUUGGUAACUUCCUAAUGCCUUUAAUGGUAGGAGGUCCUGAUAUGGCCUUUCCAAGAUUAAAUAAUAUAAGUUUUUGAUUAUUACCACCUAGUUUAAUAUUAUUGGUAUUUUCAGCUUGUAUAGAAGGUGGAGUAGGUACAGGAUGAACAUUAUAUCCUCCUUUAUCCGGACUACAAAGUCACAGUGGACCUAGUGUAGAUUUAGCUAUAUUUGCAUUACAUUUAUCUGGGGUAAGUAGUUUAUUAGGGGCUAUUAAUUUUAUAACUACAGUUGUAAAUAUGAGAACACCUGGUAUAAGAUUACACAAACUAGCUUUAUUUGGAUGAGCUGUAGUUAUAACAGCUGUAUUAUUAUUAUUAUCUUUACCUGUUUUAGCUGGAGGUAUUACAAUGGUUUUAACAGAUAGAAAUUUUAAUACAUCAUUCUUUGAAACAGCGGGAGGAGGUGAUCCUAUACUAUACCAACAUUUAUUCUGAUUUUUUGGACACCCUGAAGUUUAUAUCUUAAUUAUACCUGGUUUUGGUAUAAUAAGUACAACUAUUUCAGCUAGUUCUAAUAAAAGCAUCUUUGGAUAUAUAGGAAUGGUUUAUGCUAUGAUGUCUAUUGGUAUAUUAGGGUUCAUAGUUUGAUCUCAUCAUAUGUAUACAGUAGGUUUAGAUGUUGACACUAGAGCAUAUUUUACAGCUGCUACAUUAAUUAUUGCAGUUCCUACUGGAAUUAAAAUAUUUUCAUGAUUAGCUACAUCUUAUGGAGGAUCUAUAAAAUUAACACCUUCUAUGCUAUUUGCUUUAGGAUUUGUAUUUAUGUUUACAAUAGGAGGAUUAAGUGGAGUUGUUUUAGCUAAUGCUUCACUUGAUAUAGCUUUCCACGAUACAUACUAUGUAGUUGCUCAUUUCCAUUAUGUUUUAAGUAUGGGUGCGGUUUUUGCAAUGUUUAGUGGUUGAUACUACUGAAUACCUAAAAUAUUAGGAUUAAAUUAUAAUAUCGUAUUAGCUAAAAUUCAAUUCUGAGUUUUAUUUAUAGGAGUUAAUUUAACAUUCUUCCCACAACAUUUCUUAGGAUUACAAGGAAUGCCUAGACGUAUUAGUGAUUACCCUGACGCUUUUGCAGGUUGAAAUCUAAUUAGUAGUUUUGGAUCUAUUAUAAGUGUGGUAGCUGCAUGAUUAUUCUUAUAUGUAGUAUACAAACAAUUAGUAGAAGGUAAAGUUGCCAACAGAAAUCCUUGAUUAUCUGUACAAUAUUACACUGAUACUUUACAAGCUCUUUUAAAUAGAAGUUACCCUAGCUUAGAAUGAGCAUUAAGUAGUCCUCCUAAACCUCAUGCAUUUGUAAGUCUUCCUUUACAAAGUAGCUGUAGUUUAUAA